AUGACCUAUCUCAUGACGUCACUAAUACCUCCAUUUUGGAAUGCCAAUUUUUAUGUUAUCCUGUUAAAUCGCUUUGAUGAGAAAGGCAGAUUUCCAUUCAACACAAUGAGUUCGAAGAGCAAACUUAUAAAAGUCGUACUGCUUGGAGAUGGAGGAGUUGGCAAGAGCUCUUUGAUGAACCGUUUUGUGAGCAACAAAUUUGACACCCAGUCAUUCCAUACCAUUGGCGUGGAGUUCCUCAACAAGGAACUCACUCUGGGCAAUGACAGUUACACCCUGCAGAUCUGGGACACAGCUGGGCAGGAGAGGUUCAAAAGUUUACGCACUCCUUUCUAUCGGGGUGCUGACUGCUGUCUGCUUACCUUUGCCGUCGAUGACAAACGGAGUUUUGAGAACAUUUCCAUGUGGCGCAAGGAAUUUGCGUACUAUGCUGACAUUGCUGAUGAUAACGUCAGUUCAUUUCCAUUUGUUAUCAUUGGAAACAAAGUGGAUGUCUUUGAGCGCCAGGUGACGACAGGUGAGGCCACAGAGUGGUGCGAUCAGAAUGGCAAGCUACCGUAUUUUGAGACGAGCGCCAAAGAUGCAACGAAUGUGGAGGCUGCAUUUGUUGCGGCUGUGAAGAGACUGCGAGAAUUUGAGGAGGCUGGCACCACGCAUGACCUGAAGGACUCCACGCAGGGCAACACAGUUGACCUGAGCAAGAAACGGGACCAAAUUAGCAACUCUGGUUGUUGUAAUUAA